AUACAAUCUUAGGCUUGUUUCUGAUGAUCAACUUAUCUGACACAUUGAAAAACUUCCUCUCUGAGGUGCAUGUACAUCUCAUCAAAUAGACAUUCUUAGAAAAAACAACCACCCCCAAUUUUGCAUUUAUGAGAGGGAGAAUUAAGAGUUGCACAACCCAAAUAUUGCAGAGAAAGCCAUAGAAGGCUAAAGAAAUGGAAAAAGAAAGAAGAAGAGGGAGGAGGUGUCUAUUCAGAGAAGAGAGACAGGGACGUUGCAAUAAUUGGUUGAAUGGUUGAUUGAGGCCAUCGAGCUAAUUCGAGUCGUUGAGUCGUUCCCACCUCCCAUCCGCUCCUGCAUUGCCGCCCCAUCGUUGUCCUCUCUUUCUGCGACGCGGCCGGGCGAAGGAGAAAGGGUUGCCAUGAAGAGAUAGAGAAAGAAGCAAAAAAUGAAUUCGACAUCUUUGUCAAGUUCUUCCCUUAAAAAAAGCAAAUCAUCAAAUUGGGGGGACUUCACGCUCACAGGACCAACACAUUUGACGACCAUCAACUGGUCCGACGAGUACCAGCAAUGUUGCGUCGCAGCCUGCUUAGUUCAAGGCAUCUACACACUCCAUGAGAAGCACGCCGGCGGCCUGAAAUGGUGGGAGUCCUUCCACUUCCGAAUCACUCAGGAACUGAGAGACGAAGAUGGCUCUUCCAUAAUUGGGGGUAUUUUCCUUUAUACUGGUCCGUCCGAUGCCUCUGCGCCAAGCAUAGCCAUCGCCUUCCGGGGAACCGCAACUACCCAAGAUUGGAAAAUGAACUACCGAGCUUCCGUCAAUGAGCUGCACGAAACUAGCAGAUUUCAGCACGCCAUGGAAGCCGUGGAGCUUGCAGGUUCUCAAGGGAGCAGCAUGGGCAGGAGGAUAUGGCUGUGCGGCCACUCCCUCGGCGCAGCGCUGGCCAUGCUGGUAGGCAAACGCAUGGCGAAAGUGGGAGUCUACCUGGACACAUUUCUGUUCAAUCCGCCAUUUGCUCUGCGAAAGGGAGGGAGGAUCCUGAACUGCAGUGCCUUUGGUCUCGUUGCUGUUCUUAGUCCGCCGCUGCUGUCUCUGCCCUUGGCCGUGAAGUAUGCGUUAAGGCAGCGGGAGACCUCCAAAGCGAUGCAGUCUAUUGAGGCGCAGCAAUCUUUUGCUAAUCUCUGUUCAUGGGUGCCUCGCCUUUUUGUGAAUCCGGGCGACUUCAUAUGCUCUGAUUACAUCAAACACCUUGAGAAGAGGAAGCAGCGGGGGCGGCUGCCUCAGCCAACGGCCGAAGAGCUGGAGCACCCUUUCCUCAUCCCUUCCGCCAAGCUGGUUAAGAACCUCUGCACUUUCAAGAAGAAUGCCAUUGACAAAGUUCAUGGGCUCAGUCAGUGGUGGAAGGCUGAGCUGAAGUUGCAAAGCAAGGACUACAUACGUGCUCUUCCAAGUCCUUAAAAUGGCAACAAGUUUCAAUUUUGAAGCAGUUUCAUCAAAAGUUUACAUUUACGUUGCAUAGUCUCAUUUGGAUCAAAGACGUGAAGGCAAGCAAUGGUUUCAU